AUGGGCAGCAUCACCCGCGCGUUGCCGCUGCUGCUGCUGCUCCUGUGCGCGCAACGCGCCGCGGCCCAGCAUUACCUGCGCCUGAGGCCCUCGCCCAGCGAGCAUCUGCCGGUCCCCGACCUCAAAGAGGACCCCGAUCCGGAGCACGAUCCGCGCGAGCAGGACCUCUCGGAGAAGACGCUGCGCAAGAAGCUAGGCAGCAACUUCGACCCCAGCUUCAUGUCCAUCCACCUGCCCACGCAGCUGAACGCCAGCGCGCCACCGGAGCUGCCGCGCCUGCCCAUGCCCGCCGACCUCAAGAAGCUGAACCUGACGGAGACGCCCUACGGCAGGCGCGUCAAGGUGGGCAAGAAGGCGCGGCGGAAGUUCCUGCAGUGGCUGUGGAUGUACACGCACUGUCCGGUGCUGUACACCUGGAAGGACCUGGGCGCGCGUUUCUGGCCGCGCUACAUCAAGGAGGGCAACUGCUUCAGCGAGCGCUCCUGCUCCUUCCCCGAGGGCAUGUCAUGCAAGCCGGUCAAGUCGGUGACCAAGACCCUCCUGCGGUGGUACUGCCAGGGCUUCCUGCGGCAGAAGUACUGCACGUGGAUAUCGGUGCAGUACCCCAUCAUCUCCGAGUGCAAGUGCUCCUGCUGAGCAGAGAGAGAGUGGGGCUAUCGAUUGGGAAUGAUUGCACUGUUUACCCACGGAUAGAGACGUGUGGCGCCACAUAGCGAAUCUAUUUUUUUAUACAUAUAUAUAUAUAGCUUUUUAAUUCAAAAUAUAUGACAGCAUAUGUACAUAUUUAAGUGAGAAGACGACGAAGAAGAAUGCAGCUAUUUUUGUUAAAGGAUCAGGACCAUGUUCUCACGAGGAGCACUUCGGCUCGUGGUUAUUUUUAUGAAAUUAUUGCCAAGACGCAAGAGAGAAGUUCACUUUCCUCAUUCGAACUCUAUUUAUAGAGACUGAAGAACACUAUGCCUAGAGGUUUUGUACAAAUAUUAAUAUCAAUAAUGAUGAUGAUGAUUUAAAAAAAAAGGCUGGGCUGAAAGUUAUACACGUGAGCUCAGCUUUUUUUCUUUUGGAAAUCAUAUAGUAUUUUAGUAAAAAAAAAAGUGUACGUUUUAUUUAUUGUUUUAACGGUUGUGAGUAUAGAUAAAGAGAAGAGAAUAGAAUAUACCAGAAAUUCUACUUGAAAAGUUCUAAAAAUGAAUUUAAGAGAAUAUUAAUAUUAAUAAUAAUAAUAAACAUGUCCGUGUAAAUGCCAUGGUUUUAGCAAUAAAAUCUGUUAAACUUGGACCGAUGGAUCCGAGAAAUAUGUCCUAUGUCAGAUGUUCUUGGUUUCUUUAGGUUAAGAACGCUGAAUGAUGCCUGUGUUGCAGAAUGAAUGCAGAUGCGUGCGUGCUGAACAUUUUGUGCUCUUUCUGAAUGAGAUCUAGGUCCUUCUGCGUGCUUAUGCUGUGCAAAUACUCCACGGGGAGCGCUUGGAAACGUCGUGCGUAAAAGCGCGCCGAUGUU